AUGGAUAGAAUUGUAACUUGGAAUGUCAGAGGUCUUAAUCUAGCUCAUAAGCAAGGUGUUGUGAAGCAUUUCAUUCACAAACACCAUGUGGGGCUAGUAGGACUUCUGGAGCAUAAGGUGAAGGUUCCUAAUCUUGGGAAUCUUUACCAAAAAGUGUUUUUGAAUUGGUGUUUCACUAGCAAUAGCAGUUAUCAUGAUGGGGGUAGGAUUUUCCUUGCUUGGAAUCCCAGUAGUUUUGUUGUGACUAUUCUGCAAGUUACAAGUCAGCUUAUGAACUGUCUUGUUAAGCCAGUGGGUGGUUCUGAUAGCUUUUAUUGUACCUUCAUUUAUGUUUUUAAUGAAGGUCAUAAGAGAUUGAACCUGUGGAGAGAUCUCAAAGCUUUAUGCACUCAGGAUGCUUGGAUUAUGUGUGGUGACUUUAAUUGUGUAAUGAACCCUGAAGAGAGGAUAGGGGCUCCUGUUAGGAAUGCUGAGAUUGUGGAUAUAUGUCAAUGUAUGCAUUUCUGUGGAAUGGAAGAUAUUAAGAGUGUGGGAAAUUAUUACACUUGGAACAAUAAACAGCAAGGUACUGCCAGAGUUUUUUCAAAGCUUGACAGAAUUAUGGAAAAUUCUACUUGGCAAACCCAAUUUCCCACAGCUGAGGUUUGUUUUAUGAAUGAGGGCACCUUUGAUCAUUCCCCUGGUUUACUUACUGUUUAUCCUAGGACUGGAGGGGGCAAGAAGCCAUUUAAAUACUUCACUAUGUGGAAGAGUUCUCCUGAUUUUUCAUCUAUCAUUCAGCAGCAAUGGAAUACACAACUUCAUGGUACAAAGAUGUAUGUGGUUGUUAACAAACUGAAGCAGGUUAAGGGUGCUUUGAAAGAUUUGAAUAGGUUGGGUUUCUCUGAUAUUCAGGCUGCACACAUUAAGGCAUUUAAUGAUAUGAAUGCAGCUCAACAGGCUAUGCAUUUGAAUCCUUCAGAUGUAACUUUGGCUGACCUGGAAUUGCAGGCUAUCAAUGAAUAUAGGCUGAAACAUCAGGCUUAUUUGGAUUUUUUGAGACAAAAAGCAAAAUUCGAAUGGCUCAAAGCAGGUGAUGAAAAUACUGCUCUUUUUCACCAGAGCAUCAGGCAGAGAAGAACUUUGAAUCAAAUUUAUAGUAUUCAUGAUAUGCAUGGCAUUUGGAAAGAAGAUUCUGCUGAGGUGUCUAUGGCUUUCUUGGAGUAUUAUACUUCCUUAUUGGGUACUACUCAGUCCAAUAGGAAAGCAGUUCUCAGUCAUGUGGUUCAGCUAGGUCACCUCAUAAAUGAUCAACAUAGAGCAAUUCUGAAUGGUCCAUACACUGCAGAUGAAGUGAGGAAGAAUUUUUUUUCUAUUCCAGGGGUUAAAGCUCCAGGUCCAGAUGGGUUUGGUACUUUUUUCUUUAAAGAUUCCUGGAAAAUAUUGUUGGGGAUGAAGUGGUGGCUGCUGUUUUAG